AUGUUUAAUUCCAACAUACAAUUAGAGCCGGACCAGUUUUUGGGCAGCUUUUGGGCACGGUCUUUUGCAUCCUCCAAACCCACGUCCCCUCUUCAAUCUCUUGAGUCUUAUUCUUAUGCAUUGGCCGGAAUCCGACUACUUAUUGAUCGAGUAUUCGUCUAUCUCCAAGGUUAUCAGCAUAUUCAGUCAUCAAAAAGCCAUCGGAAAGCCAUCGAAAGCGAUAUCGACCUAAACAUGAAAUUGUCCACAAAAGCCAUAGAGGAGGUCGUUCACCCCACCGCAGCCUUCUACGGAUCUCAUUUGGGGACUCAAGAAAUUCAUGAAACUCAAGAAACUCAAGAAACACCACUUAACCUAACGGAUUCGGUCAUUGAGCCCCCAUGGGAAAUUUCUCUUCUGAAUCCGAAGAAUCGGAUAGACAGCCUUGAUUUACCUCAGAAUCCCCUAUGGCGUGUAGACGGCUGUGCUGGGUUGGGAACCCAGUACUAUGUCCUUCCGCUUUUCCUUAAAAAAAUCCCUCCUUUGCGCAUGGACGUGUUUGUUUCCGAUUUCCAAACGCCCCUCAUCCGGGAACAGCUCGAACUCCAUAAGGCGUUCCAUAUGAAAGACUCUGUUCGAUUGCCUAGACUUGCCAUCGCAAAACAUAUCGUCCGAAUCCUGCAGAACUGGACUACAUCCGAAUUCAAGGACCUCGCGGCUUUCGAGGACUUUUACAAAGGCGUGCCUUUCGGAUCACGUCUAGUCCUGGAGAAUAUGUCUCUCGAUGUACGUCGGGUUCGUAUCAAGCCUGGACUUAACCACGACCUAGAACAUAAACUGCUCCCGCUUCCAAGGCUGGCCGAGCUCUGGGGACCGGGGUUUCCGUUUCCCGAGGUCAUUGACUUCUUCGACCUUCACGUUGUCAGCGUCUUACACGAUAGCGUUUGCCUUGUCCAAAUAAACAAACAGCUCUGCAUAUUCAAAGCAUUGACCAGCGCGGCAAAAUACCUCUAUCACGAGCUGAAGACGCUCUGUACAAUCGAACCACAUGAAAACAUCAUCGUACGGCCAAUGCAUAUAGUCACAAAGAGAUGCAAAUUCGGCACCAAGAAAGCUGUUGCCGGGUUCACUACGUUCUAUCACUCGAAAGGCACCCUCCGAGAUAUUCUACCCCUCUCGCGCGCCCAUGGCCAAUUACGGCGUGUCGAUCAGUUGAAGUGGUCGAUCCAGCUGACCAAGGCUCUCGAACAUUUGACUCGCUCCGGGACAUACUAUCCUGAUUUGCGCCUAGACAAUAUUGUCCUAUCAGAGAGCUUUAAUAUUAUUAUGGUUGAUUUCGAACAGAGAGGAGUAUGGUGCGAGUUUUCCGCCCCGGAAGUCAAUGCCAUCGAAUACAUCCGUUUGAUUGCGACCGACGAAUGCGUGCCCGAAUCGGUAAGUGAUAAAUAUCGACGCAUACUGCGAGGUCUGGUCCCCUCUUUCGAAUCACUUGACGACGAACGAUACACAAAUCCUAAACAUGGAUUCAACUUACCUUGGAUCGCGCUUAGCGCGGGAGAACAAGAAGCAGCUGAGGUAUACAUGCUCGGCAGGGUCCUAUGGUGCAUAUUUGAAGGGGUCAGUGGUCCUCAGAGGGCGGCCGUUUGGCAAUCAUACCGAUGGGAACCCGACAUCGAAUUCCCCGAAUAUAAGAAGACUCCCCCCGCAAUGAGGAAUCUCAUAGAUAAAUGUACCAGAGGAAGAAGGGGCACGCUUAGCAAUGUUAUAAUGAGAAAACACAGCCAGCUCGUUUUAACGGCCAAGGAUACCACGGAGCAAAGCGCCGACGACGUCAGGGAGGCUGCGAAGCGCUUCUGGUCAGUUGAGAUCGAGGAAGCAGAGAAAUUUCUGGCAUAUCGAGACUCUCAACGUUCAAAAGGGGAGUGGAAUGACAACUACUAUGGCCGUCCGACUCUGAAGCAGGUUUUAGAGGCUCUAGAGACAUUUCAGACCCAAGUUUCCUGA